AUUUACCAUUACGAAAAUUUCAACAAGCUCUUCCUUUCUGAAUAAUUUACGUCGUGCCGCCUCGCUAGAUUUCAGCUUGCUUCUCGUUCGAUUUUUGAUUAAUUUCAACUUAUCUGUCGUUAAUUGUUUUAGAAAUUUGAUCGUUUUGCGGCUUUAAAGAAUUCUGAUCGAAAAUGCCUUCCGAAAUAUCCAAGAAAAAAAUGAAAAAAGCAGAACCUGUAAUAAAUAAUUCAGAUUCUGAUGAUUCAGAUGAAAGUAGCGAGAAUGAAGUAGUACAAACUAAACCGGCCAACAAAAAUUCCAAUGCACAGCCGAUGAAAAAAGCUGACCCAGUAGCAGAUGAUUCAGAUUCUGACGAUUCAGAUGAAAGUGAAGAAGAAGAAACUAAAUUGCCAAACAAAAAUAAAAAUAAAGCAGAAAAGAAUAACAAAGACGAGGAUGAUGAUGAUGAUGAAGAUGACGAAAGUGACGAUGAAGAGGAUGAUGACGAAGAUGAUGAAGAAGAAAAGAUGCCAUCCAAAAAUAAUGCUUCAACUGCUAAUAAACAAGUAGUCGCUGCUGCAUCAGCUAAUGAUGAUGAUGACGAUGACGACGAAGAUGGUGACGACGAUGAGGAAGAUGAGAGUGAAGAUGAAGAAGCUGACAAAAAGCAAACAACUAAAAGUCAAAAGGAAGUUAAGAAGGAUGAAGAUGACAGUGAAGAAGAUGAGGAGGAAGAGGAAGAAAGUGAUGAAGAAGAAGAAGAAAGUGAUGAGAAUGAGAAGAAGCAAGAAGCCAAACCAGGAAAGAAGAGAAAAAAUGAAACUAAAGAAGCUGAUCGUCCAGGAAAAAAAGCUAAAAUUUCUGGAGGUGCUGAUGAAAGAACAGGUUUGGAGUUAUUUGUUAAAGAUUUGCCAGAAGGUGUUGAUGACAAGGCCGUCAUAAAAUUCUUCAAGAAGUCUGGCAUCACAAUAACGUCUGUCAGAUUGGUUGGAAAGAACAAAACAUGUGGCUUUCUAACCAUGGACUCUGAAAUGACAGAAUCUGAGGCAGCCAAGCACAGUGGAGCUGAAUUCAAAGGUGCAACCAUUACUGUUGAGUUGGCUCGCAGUCGUAAUGCACCCAAAGAGGGCCAGUCCAACGACAGAAAAAGUUGGGGUGGUGGGGACAAAGAAGAAAGAGAUAGUAGGACGUUGUUUGUUGGCAACUUGGCAUGGGGAACUGACGAAGAUACUAUCGGGGAAUUUUUUGGAUGCAGCAGUGUAAGACUACCUAGAAAUGAUGAUGGAAAAAUUAAGGGAUUUGCAUUUGUUGAGUUCAACACUGAAGCUGAAGCAGUGAAAGCUCUAGAAGAGUUCAGAGAAGCUGAUUUGAAUGGUAGAAAUAUCAAAUUGGACAGAGUUGGUGCCAAUAGUUCUGGCGGUGGUCGAGGAGGUGGGCCCAGAGGUAGAGGAGGCAGAGGAGGAGGAGGAUUUGAUCGUGGAGGUCGUGGGGGAGGUCGUGGAAGAGGAGGAUUUGACAACAGAGGCCGAGGAGGUGGCAGAGGUGGGAGAGGCGGCAGAGGAGGCCGAGGAGGAUUUAAUUCUGACUCCGAUGCAAAAAAGAAAAACAAAGGAACAAUUGAUGAGUUCAAGGGAAAAAAAAUAACAUUUGAUGACUAAUAUAUAAAAACUUGAACUCAUGUAUAAGAACUUGACUGUAACAUAUAUGUGUGUAUGUAUAUAUAUAUAUUAUUUUUACGAUUAUAAUAGUAAUAAUAAUAACGUUACAUAAUGUUUUUAAUGACGGUUGAGACGUCUGUUUAGUAAAAUUGACUUUAUGUCUAAUUGAUUGGGUUUUGAUUGAUUUUUCGGCGCGUUUGAUUUUUCUUUGCUGAUUCACAACGAAAAGUUACUUAACUGAUUCAAGUUGAUUAGGGUAAUUUUUCGGUGAAGUUACGGCUUCCAGUUGGUUUUACCUGCUAUCGCGAAAAAUUAAAUUAAAUGUGCUACUUAUCAAAUACCUGUGAUGAUAUAAUUUUUUUUGUCUUGUUAAAAUAACUUAAUUCCUAAGUUAAUGGUGUGUCUUCACUUAACAAAGUCAAAACUUGAGGGUAUUGUGUAAACGGGAAACCAAGGUUGAGAGCCAUUUUUCAAAAUCUCGAAAAUUCAUGUAAUUUGUCAUUAAAAUUAGUCGAUAGUUUGUCAGGUGCAUAGCAAAAAUUUUGAUGAUUUCCU